UAAAAUAUAUCUUAAGGUAUAAAUCGGUAUAAUAAUUAAAUUCUUAAAAAAUGUUUUAUAAAACAAAAUUCGUUUUAUUAAUUUUCGUGUAUGGUUUUUUUUUUGAAAAUGUUUUUGGAAAUGUACUUGUAAUUGGCCAAGGAGAAUAUAUAGAUAUUUUUGAGUCUUUAUAUCAUAAUCACUUUGUGCUUGAUGCUAAAUUUAUUAAGAAAGAUAGUUGUAUAUAUGGCGUAAGGGAGUUUGUAAGGUGCAAGGCUUUAGAAAUGACUUUUGUAAACGAAGCAAACAUUUUUGCAGAAAUUCGUUUGCGUUAUGAUGAUUACCGUGGUACUUCAAUUAAAAAAAAAGACAUUAUAGAUAUUAUAAUCACUUUUGGAAAUCAAAACAUUAUUUUAACUUACAAAAAUGAACAUAAGUUCUUAUACAAUGCAAAUGGUUUUAAUGCAUUGCAGACAUCUCUUGAAAAUAUAAACAAAAACAUUUAUUUCAAAGUAGUUAAAAUCUAUAAUAGUAAUUUCCCUAUUAAUGGAAAUUUAGUGAAUAAUACGGUUUAUGAUGAAGAAAUCAGAAAUCAACUUUCAAAUGUCGAAAAUUUGUUUUUAUGGAAAUACGCCAAAGAGGAUCUUGUUUCAAUUUUAUAUCCUUCAUGUCCUAAUAUAACACUUGAACAUUUAAUAAAUAAUUCAACAACAUAUCGAAAAACUAUUGAAAAAACCUUAAUUACGGCAAUAGAUAUCAUGAAACAUCGAACUGCUAGAUAUGCGUGUUUACUAGUCGUAUAUGCAUAUGAAGCACUACGUAUUAAUGAAGCACUAACAGGAAAUUGGGAAAAAGUAAUACAAUAUUUAGAAAAAUUGGGUAAAGCAGAGAAAUAUUUGGAAGGCUGUCACAAAAAAAGUUCUUUUUCUAUAAACAUAUCAUAUGCAUUGAGUCUAAUGGAUUUUACGUUCUAUAGCACUCAAAAAUUGUUUAAUUUGAAUCAAUUGGUCACAAAAUUCGUAAAAUAUACUGUAAGGUCUAGGAUAAUUAAUGAAGAAGAUUUAAUUAAGGCUGAUGAAUCAAAAUCGAACGAAACGAAUACACACAUAUUAACAGAAGACAUAUUAAUAGAUUUAUUUAUAGGAUUUCCCAAACCUCUACAAAAUCACGACUUCGCAUACGAUUUUGAUGUCAUACCAUUUUCACUUGAUGAUAUAAAUGAAAAAUUGUUUAUAAUUUUUGAACUUAUUGACACAGAGUACGAAAAAUGUCCUGAAGAAAAUUAAUAACUUUUGAUCACUUUGUUUAUAAAGGUUGAUUUUUUUAUCAUAACUCACUCAAUUACUUGCAGAAUAUAAAUAAUUUAAACGUUUUUUUUAUUUGGUUUUCUUUGGUUACACAUUAUUCUUGAAUUAUUAACUAUUUAAAACUUAUGAAGUUCAUCCUUAUGCCUUGUUAGGGUGUUAACUUUAUUUUUUUUAAUAGGAACACAUAUUUUGAAUUUAAUAAAAUGUUUGAGUUUUUAAUUUAAUUAUAAAUGGCAUUUGAAUUUAAAAUAUAACUUUAUUCUUUUUUUUUUUU